GUCCGUGUGCGUGUGUUUGUGUGUAUGAGUGUUCCGAGGCACGGGUAGCAGUGCACGAAGAAUAUGUAAUUUGUUGUGAAAAUCAAUUGAGUAUCUAAAUAAAUAUAUUCAAUUGUUAAAAAUUGAGCGGAUGUGUAGUUAAACAAAAAAAUGCAAUAGUCCAACACGAAUGUCAACAGUAAAAGCAAAACCUGAUUAACAAAAGAGAAUACACAAAAACAAAACAAAACUCAAUUUCAAAUUCAACGUUCCUGUAUGCGCCCCGUCAGCGGUAAAUUGAGACUGACUGAAACUGUCAUCUGACCGACCGAUCAAUCCACUAGAGAGGGGGAAAUUUGACGAAUUAUACAAAAUUGGAGCAUUCCUCCAACGACUGCCGCCUGUUUAAAACAUGGGCAAACGGAUCGCAGCAGAGCGCAGCCAUCAACAACAACGAAUGUCCCCGCAAACGGAGACAAAAACUCAGCCAUCAGAUCGCAGUGCACGGAAACGCAAACGUUCAGCCGUUAAAGCCUCCCGGGUGGAGAAAUGUCAGCGCCUGACCGAUGAGCAAAAAACUCAAUUCGAUUGGCAUGAGAACGAUGAUGAGGACUCCUCCUCAUCGGGCUCGGCAAAUGUCGAACUAUUGCAAACACCACAGCAGUCACAACAGCAGCAUCUAGCACGCAACCAGUGUCCAGUGUCCAAUCCACGUGCCUCUCUAUUAUCCUUGGCCACGUUCGCCAGCGGCGGCUACAGUGAUCACAAUAAUUCCAAUACAACCGAAUCGCCGCGUCCAGUUUAUACACUACGUCCCUCUGUAGUCAAUGGUACCAUAUUGAGAGAUUUGCUGUCCAAAGCCUGGCGCCUAGGACGUCCCAUAGGCAAGGGCAACUUUGGCGAAAUAUUUUUGGCAUCGGAUGACACUGUUUGCCCGGUCACCUCAGAGAGCGCUAAAUAUGUGGUCAAAAUCGAGCCACACUCGAAUGGACCACUCUUUGUGGAAAUCCACUGUCUCAUUAAUACGAAUCAGACGGAAUCUGCCACAGAUGGCAACGAGGCGUGUGCUAUAGAGAAGCUGCCGCCACGCAUUAGUCAUGGCCCGCCCACUGGUAUUCCUAGCUAUAUUGCAUCGGGCACACAUUACUUUGGAGACGGACGCUACAGGUUUCUGGUGCUGCCGCGCUUUGAUCGGGAUUUGCAUUCGCUGAUCAAGAAUGCGCGAGUGGCACAAAAAUCACUCUUAGUCUUAGCUAUACACAUCAUCAAUGUGCUGGAGCACUUGCAUGAUAAGGGCUAUUGUCACAAUGAUAUUAAGGCACAGAAUUUGAUGAUAUCAAAGUGCAAAUAUCUGAAGCGACAGGCGGUGCAGCCGGGCGGCAAAGCGAACUAUGAGGAGCACUACGAAGAGAAGCAACAGACAACGGAUAGUGGCAACAGUUCGGAACAGGAGACCAACGAUGAUGACUACUUUAUAAAGAAUGAGAACAAAUACGCGCUGAAGCGCAUUGCUGGCAUCAAGGAGGAUGUCGACGAUGUGGAUGAGGAUGAGGAUUUUGAUGAUGGCGCCACCACAAAUAGCAACAAUAGCAAUAGCCUGGAUAUAUAUCAGACGCCAGUGAACAAAAAUAAGCGACGCCCGCGCCAGAAUGCUGUCGAAUUCAGUGGCUCGAAUCCAAUGCGCUCGUGCCGUCGCAAUGAUAAUUGCAACUCUAGUUCCAUGUAUGAGGAAAUGGUCAAGUCACAUUAUCUGCGUCCGGCCAAGCGUGUCAGCUACUCGGAGCUCUUCAACGAGGAUGGCUAUCCAGUGAAGGCGGAUGCCAAGAGUGAACAGUCGGCGGAGAGCUCGGAUAAUGAUUCGGAUGAAUUUGUGCCUGCGUUUGCGCGACGUUCGGGUGCCGCUAGUGCGUCGAAACGAGGUGCACGCGCUCGCACCUCCAAUCGCAUGGUGACCCGCCGACGGGAAACCAAGCAGAAACAGCUCAAAGCGGAAAUCACAGAGAAUCCGCGAAAUGGUGGAGUACGAAGUAAACGCACCGUAACUCAAUAUCAAUUUGUUCCGGUGGAAGAAGAGCACAUAUUCCUGAUCGAUUUCGGGCUGGCGUCCAAGUAUCAGGAUCGUGGCGUGCACAGACCCUUUAUUAUGGAUCAGCGACGUGCCCACGACGGCACCUUGGAGUUCACAUCGCGUGAUGCACAUUUGGGCGCGCAUUCGCGUCGCAGCGAUUUGGAGUGCUUGGGCUAUAAUUUGUUAUACUGGUCGGAGGGUUAUUUGCCAUGGAAGGAAGUGGCGCAGCAGCAGCAGCAGGAGAAGGUGCAUCGCGCCAAGGAGCUAUUCAUGACCGAUGUGUGCGAAAUGCUGCGACAAUUCUAUGGCAAACAGGUUCCUAAAUAUUUGGGUGAAUUCCUGCAGCAGAUCGGACAGCUGGCCUAUCAGGAGCGACCCAACUAUGAGCGUUAUCGCAACAUCUUUAAGCGGGAGUAUCGCCGUCUGGGCUACGAUUGCAGCCAGAUGCAACUGAGCAGUCAUGACAUCCAACGUACGCGCAUCUCAAUCAAGGAUGAGGUGGAUGGCAUUGGCAAAUGCGAUAUAUUCGACUUGAAUAGCAAGAGCGCGUUCAACCAGCUGCGUAACUCCACAUACAGCACACCAUUCCAAGAUCAUUCGCUAACGAAUCGUGUAUCACCCAAGAAUCUGCGUUCCAAGUCCAAUAAGAAGAAUGCUAAAAAGUUGAAAUUCUCCUGGGCAGAGGUGCUAUCGCAAGAUCCCGAUCAAAUUGCACGCGAGCGUGCGGUCAAGGAAUUUGAGCGUGAGGAAGUCAUCUGCCCGCUACAUUCGCGUCUGCCCAGGCGAUACGAGGGCAAGCCGACCUAUGCGAUAUUGGCGGUGGAGCAGAGCAGAAGGGAGAGGGGGCUGAGCGUGCAGGAGCACAACAGCGAAGAGGCAGACGACCAGGUAGGUGAAGCUGCAGAAAUAGCCGAAGACGAAGAGGAAGAAGAGGAGGAGGAGGAGGCAGAAGAGGAGGAUGAAGAAGAGGCCGAAGAAGAAGCCGAGCAAGAGGCAGUAAGUGAUUUCGAAGAGAUGGAUGUGGAUCAGCAGAGUGUUGAUAGUGAAAGUACAACGGAAUCGAGGCAAACGCGUCGCGCACGUCGUCAGCCGCGCAAGAAUAGCAGCAGCAGCAAAGCGAGUCAGGGGCAACAGUUGCCGCAGCUGAGCAAAAGCAAAGGCACCACGCGCAAGCGCAGCAGCAACAAGUCAAAGAACAUCAAUGGUCACCCUCAACAGCAGCAGCAGGCACACAGAAUCGUUGGCACACCGCUGACAACGGUGGGUGGGAAUAAUAAACGUGGCUGCGCCACUCGCAAGGAACAGCAGCAGACGGCGACAAUGGCAUCGGCCACCGGUGAGGUGCAACAACAAACCGUUAAGCUAAAGUCCAGUCGAAAUGCGGCAGCGGCGGUGGCAGUGGCGGACGAUCCAGGCAAACAGCGGCGGACGCGUCGUUGUCUAUAUAAGACUGAAGCGGAUGUGGAGAACAACUAUGCCACAAACAACAACAUGCAGAACGAUGCUUAUAGCGUGUGGCAAUACGAUGAUGAGAACAGCUAUGGCAAGGGGCGGAAUGUCAACUCUUCGUCCAGGCAUUGUCGCAAGUGAUAGUUAUCAAGUUAUCAUGUUAUCGAUACGAUACGUUAGAUAUUGAAGAGCGAACUUUUAAGAAACAAGUACAGAAAGAAGGCAAAAAACAACUGAAGCUGGCAAAAAAACUACAUAUAGAUACAUACUUAUAGAAAUUACAUAUACAUACAUAUAUAUAGAAUAACAGUUAUGCUGCGUUUUUCAAGUAUUUUAUAGAGAAUAAAAUUAUUGUUAAGUUCAGAGCAGAAAAUAUGAUCAAAAGGACAGGCGAAGGCAGUUCAAAUCGUAUCAACGUCGUCUAUUCAUAUACUGAAGUUGUUCAGCGCACUAUACAUUAAUAGAGAGACAAUGUUUUAUGUAAUUUUUGCUGUUUUCCUUUUUUAUACAUCAAUUUAAGCAGAAAUUGUUACAAUACAGACAGACAUAUAUACAUAUAUAUAUAUAUAUAGGUUAUUGGCCUUGAUAGCAAAUUAUUGUUUAAUCAUAGUUUUUAUUUGAAAGAAUUUUUAAGUUUCGCAGUUUAAGUUUUUACCCGGAUAUCGGUUAUAUUACCUAAAUGAUAAUCCCCUUACAAGAAAAACAAAAAAAAA